AAUGUUCGUGUUCUUGCAAUGGACGAAUCUAUGAAGCCAAUCAAGGACAAACAGCUGAAAAUUGACCUGAUUAGUCCCACAGGCCAGACUGUAGGGAGGGCUACUUUUGAUCCUGGGAAGAGUAAUAAUGGUUUCUACAGGGGAAAGUUUCAGCUUCCGCCACUUACGGAUUCAGGAACAUGGACUAUCAAAGCUAAACUUGGUGGAAAGUUGGAGACGUAUGCCAUUGCUCCUAUUGAAGUGCGCGAAUUUGUUCUCCCUACCUUCGGGGUAGAGAUUUCAACUCGACGGGAUUACAUAUUGCCAAAUGAGACUAAUAUGGAUGUUACAGUAUCAGCCAAAUACUUCUACGGCAAGGCUGUUGAGGGCAUUGCAGGACUCGACAUUAACGUCCGGAAGGAGGGGGGAGUGUCGGACCCGGAACGCGUUGUAACCAUGGGGAGACAUUCGCUGAAAGAUGGAAAUGCAUUCUUUGUGGUCAAUAUAACGAAGAUAGUGCAAGGUUUAGGAGGACAGUUUCCUGCAGACGCCGUGUUAGAGUUGUCUUCAAGGGUAUAUGAAUCUGCAACAGGCAAGGAGGAGUCGCGAGUUGAUGAUUCCUUGAUGUUUGUCGAGUGUCCUUUCAAGUUUGACUUUUCGCGUUCGAAGACUACUUACCGGAAAGGCAUCGCACACUACAUGCAGAUAAACAUGCUAUAUGCAAACGGUAAACCGGCCCAUCGAGAGGUGUUUCAUCUAACGAUCGACGGAGGCACUCCACAAGAACAUCGGUCGAACUACGAUGGCCAUUAUGUGGCUCGUAUCCCAGCUGCAAACCAGAACUUUAUGAGCAGGAUAAUACAGGUUUACGCCCCUGGGUUUGAAAAAUGUACAACAGGGUUGGUCCUUCAGCCAUAUACGGGAGACAGUCAGAUUGUCGUCGAUAAAGUAGACAUGGAAGGCACCUCGUUCAUUUGGGCCAACACAACCAUCAACAUGAAUCAAGCGGCUCAAUACACAGGCAUACUAAUGCUGAUAACAGCUCGUGGUAGGAUUGUAGAGACACGGUACUUUCCACCUUCCAUAGAUCAAACUUUCCAGUUGGAACAGGAUGUUUUGGACAAGGUGUCACCCGUUGGCCGAGUGUUUGCCUUUUAUGUGCACAACGCACAAUUAGUAGCAGACUCGUCUAUUUUUCAUGUAGAUGCAAAAUGCCGAGAAAAGAUGGAGCUCCAUCUUGAACAUCGCAAUGUGUGGCCAAGUACAACAUCCAAACUAACAGUCACCGGUCCAUCCGGAAUGUGGGUAGGAUUCAACGUCAUCGAUAAAGCAAUGCUGCAGUUGAACAACAAAAACGUUCUUAUGGAAAAUAAGAUUUUCAAUGAAAUGGAAGCUCACGACCUCGGUUGUGGUGCUGGGGGAAGAACGAACAGCGAAGAAAUAUUCAAGAACGCGGGUCUGACAAUUCUAACAAACGCUAAUGUGAACGAUGAACGCAUCCAUAAAGAGACGAUUGAAUGUGUCGCAAUGAACCGAAAACGACGCGAUGUGAAUGGGGAUAAAGAUUUAAAGGAAGGCAGCGGCGAAUCGGUCUUAAGUGGUCAAGAUCAUUAUCAACUUGACGUCGGCAUGUUAAAAAAUAUGGGAAUAACCCAGAGAGUUCGUAAAAACUUCGAAACGUCGUUCUUUUUUGAAGAACACGUGGUUAGUGCUCGGAGCUUUUCAACCGUUAUAAAAUACAGAGAAUCUAUAACAGAAUGGUCGAUUCAAGCCAUAGGUAUAUCUGAAAACACUGGUGCAUGCAUCGCAGUGCCCAAGAAAGUCCAAGCCUUUAGACAUUUUUUUAUUCAAGUCGACCUGCCAAACAAAGUUACACGAAAGGAAAAGUUCAAUGUCAAAUCCUUAAAUAGUUGUCUAUGA